CCGCGAGAUCCAAUAGCGCACCCGAGCUCAGGUCCCCCGACUUAGGCCGGAUGAGGCAGGCGCAUGGCAAUCUUUGUCAUCACCGGAAUAGAGCCUCCUAGGAUACCAGCGUGAGCGCGCGACGCCUUCCAUGACGUGAAUCAUCGCAUUGAGCAAGCCCAUGUACUACAAAUACCCCGCUGGCAAAAUGCUGCCUAGGUUCGCGGCGGCCUUACUAUUUCGUAUUCUGCUGUUCGACACUGGAUAGCUCCAAUUGACUUCCCGCAACGCAUCACCGAGUAUGGCGCGUUAUUUGGGAGUCGCGACGGCAUUGGCUGCUACGAGAGUCUUUGCGAUCACGCCAGAACAAUCGAUUAGCGCGCCCAGACGCGGUGUAGCUGACCCCAAUCCGUCCGGAAAACUCGCGCUGUUCUCGAACUCGCAAUAUUCGUUCGAUGAGCAGUCCUCAUCUUCUGCGUGGCAAUUGCUUGAUCUGGAGACUGGCAACAUCACGGACUCCGGAUUGAACGCGAGCGAGGUCAAUGAAGUCAUCUGGUUACCCGGUACCGAGACUGGUAUUAUCUACGUCAAUGGAAGCAAUGAAGAAGUGCCGGGCGGCGUUACGCUCUGGAUUGGGGAUAUUUUGGACCCUUCUUCCAGUACGUUGGUUGCAUCAUUGGAAGCACCCUUCUCCGGACUAAAGGUCGCGAACACAUCCAGCGGAGAUUUGCAUUUUCUCGUGAACUCCCUCGCCUAUCCGAACGGUACCGCUUACAAUCCGGAAUCAGCGGUAACUCCAUCACACUCAGGACGAUUCUACGCGGACAUUUACCCACGGCAUUGGGAUACCUGGCUGACAAAGGAGCGAUACGCGGUGUUUGGCGGGGUGCUUUCGGCGAGCUCGAGCUACUCUCUUGAGUCUGGAAUGCGAAACCUCUUGCAGGGUAUAAAUUACACGGCGACCCAACCAGAAAGCCCCGUCCAGCCGUUUGGUGGCGAUGGCGACUACGAUAUCAGCCCCGAUGGAUCCAUAUUUGCUUUCCUCAGCAAGGCACCGCAGCUGAACAAGGCGAACUAUACAGCGAGCUACAUCUACCUCGGUGCUUUUGAUGGAUCUUCGCCCGCUGUGGCUUUCAAUGGCCCUGGUAGCGAAGCCGACGAGGCUGGGCACAAGGGCGCUUCCGGAAUACCCACAUUUGCCCCAGAUAGCUCCAAGCUCGCCUACAUCCAGCAGGACGAGGACUACUAUGAGUCUGAUCGCUGGAAGCUGUACCUCCUCGACGUCAGCACCGAUGGCAGCACAGUGUCCACCAGCAACUGGAAGGGGCUUGCGCCGAACUGGGACAGAUGGCCCGACUCAAUCCAGUGGGCGCCCGAUUGUGACUCGCUCUAUGUCUCUGCAGAGGACUAUGCACUUGAGCGCGCCUUCAACAUCCCUCUUUCAGCAGAAGAGGAUUUUAUCCCGGAGAACUUGACGGCUGUUACUUCCGUCUCAGGCUUCUACGUUCUCCCCGACUCUUCCCUACUAGUGUCCUCCAACGCAAUCUGGACCUCAAGGGACUUCUAUAUCCUCGGGACCGACGGUUCCCAGACGAGCCUCUUCUCGGCCGUGGAAGUCGACGAGGAGCUCGCUGGACUCGGACCGCACACGUACUCAGAGUUCUACACCGCUGGCACGCUCCCCGGCUACGACAAGCCAUUGCUCUCACUGGUAAUCAAGCCCAGCAACUUUUCCGAGGACGAGACGUACCCGCUAGCCUACAUUGUCCACGGCGGCCCGCAGGGUUCCAACGCCAAUGUCUGGAGCACGCGGUGGAACCCGCAGGUCUGGGCCGACCAGGGAUACGUCGUGGUUGAGCCGAACCCGACGGGCAGCACUGGGUUCGGCCAGGAGCUGAUCGACGGCAUUCAGGGCGAGUGGGGCAGCUAUCCGUACGAGGACAUCGUGCUGGCGUGGCAGUAUGUGAAGGAGAAUUUGUCGUUCGUGGACACUGAUAGCGGCAUUGCGGCCGGCGCCAGCUACGGAGGGUAUAUGAUGAACUGGGUGCAAGGCCACGAGCUCGGGCGAGAGUUCAAGUGCCUGGUAACGCACGACGGUGUUUCCAACACCCUGGCGUCGUGGGCCACCGAGGAGCUCUGGUUCAUCCGGCAUGACUACAACGGCAGCAUCUACGACCCUGACGCGACGUACGAGGAAUGGAACCCGAUGAAUCACAUGGCUAAUUGGAGCACGCCGCACUUCAUCGUGCACAAUACGCUGGACUACCGCCUGCCCGAGAGCGAUGGCCUGGCUUUCUUCAAUAUCCUGCAGUCGAAGGGCGUCCCCUCGCGCUUCCUCAACUUCCCGGACGAGAACCACUGGGUGCUGAAUCCGGAGAACUCGCUGUUCUGGCACGCGGAGAUCUUCAACUGGAUCAACCACUGGUCCAAGGGGCAGGCUCUGGACGACGUGCCCGUCGACAAAUGAGUGAAAAGUUGUACGGGGGGUUUCCAGCGUGCGCCGAAUAGACUCGGCUGCCACGCGAUCUAGAGCAUAAUGAUAAUGAUUCUAC